CAGUUUUAUCUGGUUUUGUGAUGGGGUCUCACAUAUUUGCUGCAGAGAGCAAGAUAAUUUUGACACCUGACCACACAGUUUCCGUUGUGGGAGCUGGAGGGUUGACUACAAAAAGUAGAAGGGGGAUGCACAGCCCACCAGACUCUUCAUCUUUUACCUCUGUACAACGACCAUGAUGCGCCUAGUCUGGAUUAUAUUUGUCUUUCAGCUGUUCUCCAUAAAUGGGGCCACUGAGAGUGGCAUAGUAGGUGGUAAGGUUUCAAAGCCUCAUUCCAGACCCUACAUGGCAUCACUCCAGAUUCAGGGACAACACACCUGUGGUGGGAUACUUAUUCGGGAGGACUUUGUUCUAACUGUGGCACACUGCAAGAAUCCUCAACCGAUGACAGUGGUGUUAGGGGCACAUAACGUAACAAGCAAGACAGAAAAAAGUCAGCAACGGAUCCAAGUGGCUGAUUACUAUCCACAUCCACAAUAUGAUGAACAUGAUUAUGACAUUAUGCUACUUAAGUUAAAAAACAAUGCCACACUGAACAAGUAUGUGAAGGCCAUCGGAUUACCUAAGAAAAAUGGGAAAAUCCCCGCCAAUGUUAACUGUGUCGUUGCUGGCUGGGGCAGAAUAGGAGCCAAGAAGCCUCCCUCAGACGUACUGAAAGAAGCCACUGAGAAGAUUCAAUUCAGCCAUGAGUGCAAAAAUAUAUGGCAAAAAUACUUCAACACUGAACACAUGAUAUGCACCAAGUUCGACAAAAAGAAGGGAGGAAUUUGCCAGGGUGAUUCCGGCGGACCACUUAUCUGCAACAGCAAGCCUCAGGGUCUAACAGCUCUUACUCUGCAAGAUGAUUGUAAUAAUCCCAAGUAUCCCCAUAUCUUCACUAAAUUACAUUUCUUUCUUCCCUGGAUUAAGAAAAUCAUGCAAGCAUAGUGGAAU